CACGCUACGUGUCAAAACUUUUCUUUCUUUUCGCCACUCCCGCGGUUCGUUUCCAUUCGAUUGCCAUCCGAAAAAACCUCCUAAAGUCUCACAGAAGCGCGGCCUCUGCCAUUCACUCUCUCUCUCAGUCGCAGAGAAAGAGAAAUGGGGAGCGAGGAGGGGCGUGUAGGAGCUCAAUUGGAUGAUCAGUCGAGACUGUACGAGGCCUACAACGAGCUCCAUGGACUCGCCCAGGAAUUCGAGACGCCUUUCGACGCUCCGGCGGUGUUGGUGGUGGGCCACCAGACCGACGGGAAGAGCGCAUUGGUCGAAGCCCUCAUGGGUUUCCAGUUCAACCAUGUCGGAGGCGGGACCAAGACCAGGCGACCCAUUACUCUCCACAUGAAAUAUGAUCCCGACUGCGAACUCCCCCGCUGUCGUCUCGUCGGUGAAACUGGUCCCAUGGUCGCCGAAGAGAAAUCUCUUCAAGAAAUUCAAGCUUAUAUUGAAGCUGAAAACCUGAGGUUGGAGAAGGAGCCUUGCCAGUUUUCUGCUAAGGAAAUAAUUAUUAGAAUAGAGUAUAAAUACUGUCCUAACCUUACCAUAAUUGACACACCAGGCCUAAUUGCCCCUGCUCCAGGACGGAAAAACCGGGCUUUACAGGUACAUGCCCGUGCUGCAGAGUCUCUUAUCCGAGCUAAAAUGCAGCAUAAAGAAUUAAUCAUAUUAUGCCUUGAGGAUUGCAGUGAUUGGAGUAAUGCUACAACCCGGAGGGUGGUGAUGCAAAUUGAUCCUGAGCUCUCAAGGACUGUAAUUGUAUCAACAAAGCUUGAUACAAAAAUACCACAGUUUGCAUGCUCCUCAGAUGUGGAAGUUUUUCUUAGGCCACCUGCUUCUACUCUUGAUGGCUGCAUAUUAGGUGAUUCUCCUUUUUUUACAUCUGUGCCUUCUGGAAGAGUUGGAUCUGGACAUGAAUCUGUUUACGGAUCAAAUGAUGAGUUUAAACAGGCUAUUUCCUUGAGAGAGAUGGAGGAUAUUGCUUAUCUGGAAGAGAAGUUAGGACGGUCCCUGACAAAGGAAGAAAGAAGCAGAAUAGGUGUAAGCAAGCUUAGAUUAUUUUUGGAAGAGAUGCUUCUGAAAAGGUAUAUGGAUAGUGUCCCUCUUAUCAUUCCACUGCUUGAAAAGGAAUAUCGAAGCACAACAAGAAAGCUAAAUGAAAUAAAUCAGGAGCUCAGCAAUUUGGAUGAAACAAAAUUGAAGGAGAAAGGAAGAGCAUUCCAUGAUAUGUUUCUGACCAAGUUGUCAUUGCUAUUGAAAGGAACAGUGGUUGCGCCUCCUGAUAAAUUUGGGGAAACUCUGCAAGAUGAGAGAGUUAAUGGAGGAGCAUUUGUUGGUACUGAUGGUCUCCAGUUCCCACAGAAACUAAUACCUAAUGCUGGGAUGCGUCUCUAUGGCGGUGCACAAUAUCACCGUGCAAUGGCAGAAUUCCGAUUUGUUGUUGGGGGAAUCAAGUGCCCCCCAAUUACUCGGGAAGAGAUUGUAAAUGCAUGUGGAGUAGAAGAUAUUCACGAUGGAACAAACUAUUCUAGGACUGCUUGUGUUAUUGCUGUUGCCAAAGCUCGUGAUACAUUUGAACCUUUUCUUCAUCAGCUGGGUUUUAGACUCUUACACAUUUUAAAGAGGUUGCUUCCUAUUUCUGUCUAUCUUCUUCAGAAAGAUGGUGAAUAUCUAAGUGGCCAUGAGGUGUUUCUGAGGCGUGUUGAGACUGCCUUCAAUAAUUUUGCAGAGUCUACUGAACGAGCAUGCCGGGAAAAAUGCAUGGAGGAUCUAGUGAGCACAACGCGUUAUGUCACCUGGUCUCUCCACAAUAAGAAUCGGGCUGGCUUACGCCAAUUCUUAGACUCAUUUGCUGGCUCAGAGCAGUCAUCUUUGUGUGGGAAUUCUCCUACUGCUGCUGCAUCUCAAGAAUCAUCCUUGGGCCCAGUUGCAAAUGACCACAAGCAUGACAUAAAGGGGAGAGCAGAUGUGAAACUUAGCCAUUUGGCUUCAGGAGUUGAAUCAAAUCCUUGUGUUCAGUCAACAGAAACAAGGCUGGCUGAUCUUUUAGAUAGCACACUAUGGAAUCGAAGGCUUGCUCCCUCAUCUGAAAGGAUUGUUUAUGCAUUGGUACAACAGAUAUUCCAUGGCAUUAGAGAAUAUUUCUUGGCCUCUGCAGAAUUAAAGUUCAACUGUUUUCUUCUAAUGCCAGUGGUUGACAAGUUACCAGCACUUUUCCGGGAAGACCUGGAAUCUGCAUUUGAGGAUGACUUGGAUAAUGUCUUUGACAUCACCCACUUGCGCCGCUCAUUGGGACAACGGAAGCAUGACUUCGAAGUAGAGCUGAAACGGAUACAAAGGCUUAAGGAGAAAUUCAGACGGAUACACGAGCAGCUUAACUCUCGGAUUAGGUAAAAUAGAAAACUAGUAUUGGCACUGUUUGUGAUGCUACUGAUAAAAGCCAGUCAGUACCGACCCUUUUCAUUUUCAUAUGCACCAAACAGUUGAAACAAAAUCUGUUUAAACAGAAAUUAGAGCAGACUAAUGCGAAGAUUGUGUUCAACCCUCUCCCUUA